CGGCGGGGCCGAGCCGCGCUGCGCCGUGUCCGCCCCCGCCGAGCACAGCCGCGCCGGCGCGCCCCGAGCUCCGCUGCCAGCGCCGGGGAGCAGGGCCGGGCGGGCGGCCGGGAGGUGGCGGCCAGCCCUGCGGACACCUGCUGCGCCAGUGAGCUGACUAUGAUUUCCACGAGGGUGAUGGAUGUCAAGCUUCGGGAAGCUGCAGAGGGACUUGGGGAGGACAGCACAGGAAAGAAAAAGUCCAAAUUUAAAACAUUUAAGAAGUUAUUUGGGAAGAAGAAGAGAAAAGAAUCACCAUCGUCCACGGGAGGUGGUGCCUGGAAACAGAGUCCUGUGAAGAGCGAGGUCAUCGCCACCGAGACAGGGCCGGUGGGCUAUGACUCCGAGGACGAGCUUGAGGACUCCAGGGGUGCCCUGGGCAGCCGGGCCCUCUCCCACGACAGCAUUUUCAUUCCUGAGUCGGGACAGGAUCCUGCGCGGCCUGUGAGGGUGUUUUCCCAAGAAAAUGUGUGCGACCGGAUUAAAGCUCUGCAGUUAAAAAUACAGUGUAACGUGAAAAUGGGGCCACCGCCUCCAGGGGGCCUUCCAGUCAAGCGAGGAGACGACACGGGCAUGAGCUCCGAGGACGACGGGCUGCCCAGGAGCCCCCCAGAGAUAUCUCUGCUGCAGGAAGUGGGUCCCAGCACGACCAUAAAGGUCUCCUUGGCCCCCUCGCCCCGGCCUCCGCCCCGGCUGCUGACCCCAGACCAUCUCUUCUGCAGGCAGAUGAGCGAGGCCAGUGUCCUGCCCAGGACCUCUCGCAGCAGUCUGGCCCCUGUGGCAGACUUUGAUCACCCUCCAGAGUUCUCAUCCUGCUUGGACAGCUCCGCAGCCAGGCACAAGCUGCUCGUGAAGCCACGCAACCAGCGCUCCAGCCGGAUGAGGCGGCUGUCUUCGCGGGCACAGUCCGAGUCCCUGAGCUACCUGCUGGACCCUGACGAGGAGGACUACGAGGAGAAGUCCGUGCUCCGAGCCAGCUCCCACGCCCAGGAAAGAUGGUCGGGGCCUGGAGCGCUGGGCGCCUUGCUACAGGCUGAGGGGCCCCGCGCCCGGCGGGCCCGCCUGCAGCACAGUCCUGCACUGCGGGUCAGCGUCGACGAUGAGGAAGGCGCCCCCGGGGAUCAGCCUCCCUACAGCCCCACCACCCCAGAGCCCCCUGUUCCCCGUUCAGACCCCACAGCUCUGCAGGAAGGGAGCCAGCACCUUCCUCCUGAACCUGACACCCAGAGCCAGCCUCGGGCCCUCGGGAGCACCUUCCCCGCCGCAGGGGACACCGGGGAUGCUGGGAGUCAGUCACCUCCCUGCGCCCUGGAAGGAGUCGGGAUGCCCACUGGGCCUGAGGGGCUGGAGCCCAGGGUCCUGCUGGAGAGGGCCUGGAAGGCAGCUCCAGAGGCCCCCAGCCCACGCCCCACCAGGAGCUGCCUGAAGCACAGGGCUGCAGCCCCGUGUCCCCGUGCCUCCCCCAUGCCCCCUGUGCCUCCAGAGGAGCCCAACCUGAAUAGUGAGGCCAGCCCCCCGGGGGGCCCUGAGAGUGAGCAGGCAGAGACCACCCUGGGGACCCCCAAGACUGAGCCGUUGGAGACCCCCCAGGGGGGCCUCAAAAUUGAGCUGAUAGAGUUGGCCCAGGAGACCCCAAAGAUUGAGCAAGUGGAGACACCCCCUGGGACUCCCAAGACUGAGCAAGUAGAGACCCCCCUAGGGACCUCAAAGAUUGAGCCAGUGGAGACCCCCGAGAUGACUCCUAAAACUGAGCAGAUGGAGACGCCUCAGGGGACCCCCAGGACUGAGCAGGUAGAGUCAGUCCAGGAGACUCCAAACACUGAGCAAGUAGAGAUGUCCCCAGGGACCCCCAAGACUGAGCAUGUGGAGACCACCCAGGGGACUCCCAAGAUUGAGCAGGUGGGAAUCCCCCAGGGGACCCCCAGGACUGAGCCAGUGGAGACCCCCCAGGAGAUGCCCAAGACUGAGCAUGUGGUGACACCCUGGAGGACCCUCGAGACUGAGCUGGUGGAGACCCCCCAGGAGACACCCAAGACUGAGCAGGUGGAAACUCCCCAGGAGACACUCAAGACUGAGAAUGUGGCGACCCCCUGGGAGACCCCCAAGACUGAGCAGGUGGAGACCCCCCAGGGAACCCCCAAUACUGAGAAGAUGGAGACCCUCCAGGAGACCCCCAAGAUUGAGCAGGUGGAGACCUCCCAGGGGACCCCCAAGACUGAGCAGGUAGAGACCCCCCAGGGGACCCCCAAGAUUGAGCAGAUGGAGACCCUCCAGGAGACCCUCAAGACUGAGCAGGUGGGGACCCCUCGGGAGAUCCCAAAUACUGAGCAGGUGGAGAUCCCCCGGGAGACCCCCAAGACUGAGCAGGUGGGGACCCAUCGGGAGAUCCCAAAUACUGAGCAGGUGGAGACCCCCCGGGAGACCCCCAAGACUGAGCAGGUGGAGACCUCCUGGGUGACCCCCAAGACUGAGCAGGCAGAGACCCCCAAGACUGAACAAGUGGGGACCCCCAAAACUGAGAAGGCAGGGACCCCACAGGGAACCCCCAAGACUGAGCAGGCAGAGACCCCCGAGGGAACCCCCAAGACUGAGCAGGUGGGGACCUCCAAGACUGAGCAAGUGAGGACCCCCAAGACUGAGCAGGCAGGGACUCCCCGUGGGACCCCCAAGACUGAGCAGGCAGGGACCCCCCGUGGGACCCCCAAGACUGAGCAGGCGGGGACUCGGCCAGAGGUGGACGCGGUGCGCCUGCAGGCGCGGGGUUCCUCGGGGUCGGGGAGGCCGGGUGGGAGGGAGACCCCUGAGGUCGAGCCCCGCGCCCCCUUCCCCAUCAAGCUGCGCUCGGCGUCCGUAUCCCUGCGGCCCCGCGAUGCGCCCCGGCGGCCUAGCAAUGAGGUGAGGCCGGAGCGCUCGGGGCCUGCGCUGCCUCCAAGGGACAGCAGGUGCGCCCGGGCCUGUGGCCAGAGACAGGCGGGCAAGGGCCGCCCCCCGGAGCCCCCCGCCGCCAAGCCGCCGCUGCCCCGUAAGCCGCUGCUGCAGACCCUCACCCUGGCGGCCCAGCCCGCGCCCCCCGACCCAGGCCCCAGGAGGGAGCCCCCGCGCCGCGGAUCCGAGAAGGCUCCGCCUUGUGCAUUGUCAGGACCAGUCUCGGACAGCCAGCCCACCCCUCCCUGGAUCACCAUCACUCGACACAAGCGACGAGGGGCCCCGGACCUGCCAGCUGAGCUGGAAGACAGGCCUGGGCCUAGGAGCCUGAAGUGUGAAGCAGGAAAGCAAGUCAAGGAACCCGUGAAGCAAGCUGACUUUGUCCGCAGCAAGUCCUUCCUGAUCACCCCUGCUAAGCCCACGGGGGACCAGGACCGAGGCCAGGGGACAAAGAUCCGCCUCCAGGAGGGGCUGCAAAGAGGAAUCUCAUUGUCGCAUCAGAACUUGGCUCAGGCUGCCGUGAUGUCAGAGAAAGAAUUGCAUCAGCUGAAGAGAGCCAGUUACACCAGCACAGAUCAGCCUUCCUGGAUGGAACUUGCCAGAAAGAAAUCUCAGGCUUGGAGUGACAUGCCCCAAAUUAUAAAAUAGUUUUGACAGCUGUGCUGAUAAAGGACAUUCACUGCAUUGAUGGUCACUUAUUAAAAAACUGCCUGUAAAUCAAGGCAAACAAUGAAGAAACUUAACAUCGGUUUUAUCAUCAAGGUAUAGGAGAGCCAGCUGGAGGAAGCAGACAGAACCAGGAAAACAAGGACAGACACACAGCCUCCAUACUGGACAAGGGUGCCCCCCCCUCCCCAAACAAGACCAUCAUUGAAAAGAGCCAGGAACAAAAUCCCCAUCAGUGUCUUUUAGAAUUUUGACCAAGGAGCCUCGGAAGCAGGUGGAAGGUGCCUCCUACAGGUGGUAGCUGUGAAAGCACAAGAGAAGUUGUUCCCAGUGACUGCGUCCGAGCUUCCUCUGCAGAGCAACUUGUCUUGGUCAUUGUCUCACCCAUGGAGCCUGUCAUCUGCUUUCACGUCUACUGCGAGGCGCAACAUUCAGGGUUCAGCAGGCACGUGUGUCAAGAGCAGUGAAGAAGCAACCAUCUUCUCCUGAACAUGCCACUCCAGGGAGGCAUGGAAGGCCACAGCAGCGUUUAUCAAUUCAGAGACUGUGUCUCCAAAUAAUUUUUAAAAUUUUCCACUAGGCAUAUGUGUCUCUACCUAUUGCACAAUGCACUGCCUGUUCAAUAAAGGGUUUCAAACAUG